CGCCCCUUCUCCCCCUUUUCCACUCUCUCUAUUCAAUAUUUUUUUCAAAUCCCACAUUUUUCGAUCUCGCCAUAAUACGAUUGUUAUUAAAUCGAAAUGGAGCAAGACGACUGCUAUCAGAGUGUUACAGAGACAAAAUAUGAUUGUCUCCUCUUUGAUGUGGAUGAUACCCUUUAUCCCCUGAGUUCCGGUAUAUCAACGGAAUGCACCAAGAACAUCAGAGAAUACAUGAUCAGCAAGCUCGGCAUCGAGGAGGAGAAGGUGCCUGAAAUGUGUGCCGAGUUAUACAAGGACUAUGGCACAACAAUGGCCGGUCUUCGGGCUGUCGGUUAUGAUUUCGACUAUGAUGAUUACCAUAGCUUCGUACAUGGUAGACUACCUUACGACUGGUUGAAGACCGAUCACACUCUAAAAAACCUUCUGCAGACCGUCCCCAUUCGCAAAGUUAUAUUCUCGAAUGGAAAUGACGCCCAUGUUGCUGAGGUUCUUAGCAGGCUUGGUGUACAGGAUUGCUUCGAAAGUAUCAUUUGUUUCGAGACGUUGAAUCCUUCUAAAACCUCUGAACAGCCUGAAGACACUGAUGCAACAGAACUCCCUAAAACUCCAAUUCUCUGCAAGCCGCUUGAAAAUUCAUUUGUACAAGCUUUCAAGAUUGCUGGUAUUAACCCUCAGAAAACGCUGUUCUUUGAUGACUCCAUUCGCAAUCUGCAGACUGCAAAAAGCGUUGGCCUGCAUACUGUUUGGGUUGGGUCCUCUCAUAAAACAGAUGGUGUGGAUUAUUCGUUGGAGAGCAUUCACAAUAUGAAGGAGGCAUUUCCCGAGCUGUGGGAAGGUGCUGUCGACAAGGCUGAUGCUCCCUAUCCUGAAAAGGCUGCCAUUGAAGCGGUUGUCUGAGCUAGCUAAUGUGACCAAGGAUUCUUAAUGCAAUGACACCUAACUCACAUAUUAUCUUCGUUAUUUUUUAUUUUGGCUUUUCUUGUCUCUGCUUGGUUUCUUACUUUGUUGAACCUGAAAAGGAUCUAUUAACAUUGCUUAGAUAUCAUUGGAUCUAAUGUAACUACUCUCUCUCAAAGUUAGUGAGAUAUGCUAUAAAGUUUUUCAUCUUUAGUAAA